AAAAACGAAGAGGGGAAAAAAAACUUCGUCGAUCUACUAGUAUUUUGGACAGAUUUGGAAAUAGUUUUCAAAUUGUCCCGACCCACGGGAACUCAGGGGAGGGAGACGAAGUCGUCACAACCGAAAUGAUGGAAGAUUCCCAUUUUAAUUCGUCCUAUUUCUGGUCUCCCGUUCCCACUGUGCCAGGACAGAUUGAAAAUGCCAUGUUCCUGAACAAGAUGAAAGAGCAGCAGGACAAGAGUGCUUCCUUCCCACCUUCCUCUGCCCCCCACUACCCAACAGCCGUGCUCACGAUCCCCGGUCCCAGCGCCAAGCCAGACGGAGGAGGGCAGCACGGGGGUGCAGGACACCUCCACCCUCCACACAGCACCCAGAACAUCACGGUGGUCCCUGUCCCCUCCACAGGCAUCAUGACAGCAGCGGGUCUGGUCAUCACAACUCCUCAAGGCACACUUGUCUCUCCCACCUCCUCUCAGUCCUUUGUCUCGGCUCAUCCAACAACGACCAUGAUUGUUUCAGCACUCCACGCUCCCAAUGCAGAAAAAAAAGACGGGGAUGGGACGUCCCAUGUCGUUGUCAUGCCUACACCUUCCAAACGAGGCAGAAAGAAGAAGACGGCGCUGCCUAGGGUCGGUCCUAUGCCGGGACAUCCACUUACUCCGGGAAAUGAAACACUAAUACUGGCUCACCUGACAGCGAGUGGCCAGGUCAUGUCUUUGCAGCAUCACAUUGGAGACCCAUAUGACCUAUCACAUGAAGAGGAAGACCAAGGAGCAAAAGAUGGCACUAAGACAUACAGGUGCCGGAUGUGUGCGGCGACCUUCUACAAUAAGUCUGACAUGCAGAUCCACUCCAAGUCGCACACAGAGGCCAAACCUCACAAGUGUCCCCACUGCGCCAAGUCAUUCGCCAACUCCAGCUACCUGGCCCAGCACAUCCGCAUCCACAGCGGGGCAAAGCCCUACACCUGCUCCUACUGCCAGAAAUCUUUCAGGCAGCUCAGUCAUUUACAGCAGCACACACGGAACCACACCGAGUCGAAGCCCCACAAGUGUCCCCAUUGUACCAAGUCAUUCGCCAACUCAAGCUACUUGGCCCAGCACAUCCGAAUCCACACGGGAGUGAAACCCUACACCUGCUCCUACUGCCAGAAGUCCUUCAGACAGCUCAGUCACCUGCAGCAGCACAACAGGAUUCACACCGGAGACAGGCCGUACAAGUGUGUUCAUCCAGGCUGUGAGAAAUCCUUCACCCAACUCUCAAACCUACAGUCCCAUCGGCGUCAACACAACAAGGACAAGCCCUACAAGUGCUCCAGCUGUAAUAAAGGCUACAUAGAUGCAGCCAGCCUGGAGGUGCACCUGUCCACACACACAGUCAAACACGCCAAGCUCUACUCGUGUGGUCUCUGCAACCGCACUUAUACCUCGGUAAGACCAAUGUCCAUUUAUGAACAGCAUUACAACGUCAAACACUUUGAAACUGAACACCGGGGUCAGACACCUGGAACCUACUGUACAUGGUGUAAUCAUGUGUCCACCGUCUCCCCUCUGCCUCCCCUCCCCCCACCUCAGGAGACGUAUCUAGUAAAACACAUGCAGAAACACAACCCAGAUCACCUGACAGCAUCAGCCGUAGUUGCGGCGCAGCAGGCCCAGCAGAACCAAAACCAAAGCCAGGCCCAGGGCCAAGGAAGUGCUCAGAGGCGAGUAGAGAGCACAGAUGGUGGCUCGGCCCGGCCUGGAGGAGCUGUGAGUGGAGGAGGACAGCAGGGACACAGCCAGGGCAGCUACCCGCAGACAGAGGGUGUCCCCUGUCCAUUUGAUCUGCACCAGUAUAAGACAGUGUCUGCCAGUGACAUCCAGUACAAACCAGCUAAUGUGUCUGGCAUAACUGCCCACCACAAGGAUCUUUGUCUCGCUGUGGCAACAUCUACCAUUCAAGUGGAGCACCUCAACUCUUAGAGUUGAUGACAGGAGGAAGUUUGGGGGUGAGGAAUUGAGUCAAACAAGUAAACACAGGUUGGAGAAUGGAGAGCCGAAGGAUAAAAGCAAUACUAACACGAUAUAAGAACUUCGGAACACGUGACUGUGCCUGAAUGUCGGAUGGAAGUAGACAGGAAAACUAAUUUGGGAGAUAUACAGAGGACUACUUUUAAUUUGUCACUUUUUUCUGCCUUGUUUGAUUUUUUUUUCUUUUUGCUUUGCUGUCUUGUCUGAUGAGUUGGAAGUGCAUGUAAAGGCUGCAAUAAAGUAUGUUCCAGUCCAUCACAGUGAUGGUAUUAUGAUAGAAAGAGAGUGAAAGAGACUAUGGUUCUCUUGUUAUUAUAUGGCCUCCUGCUCUUCCCUACAACUACAGCUUUGGCCAUAUCAGUUUAUGGUCUGUGUUGAUGAAACUGGUAGUUAACUGUGAAGGUAAUUUUUUAUACUUUCAUACAGAUACUUUCAGUUUUUGCAUCAGUGUUAUUACCUCUAUUAUGUAAAAUAUAUGCCCACAAAGGAUUUUUUACUUAAAAAGGGAAGUACAUGAAGUUAUUUCCAUUUCUGGAAAGAAAAAAAGAACAAUUAAAGUAUACAUAGAUAUAUACAUGCCAGUUUAUACAGUACAAAUAUGUGUUAAAGGAUGUGCUAAUCCAUACAUGUUUUAUCUAUCUGGACAAUGCAGGCCAUUUUGCUUCACAUGAUCUCGAGGGAGGUGAUAAGCCGGUUCAUGUUUCAUGUAAUCCUUGUAUCACUUUAUUGUGUGUAUGUCCUAAAAUUAACAUUGUUAUCCAAACGUGUUCUUGCUAUUACACUUCCACUAUAUCAGUGUUUAUAAUGCUCCUUUACAGACAUACUGACCCAUCUGAGAAUAGUGUUUUUUCUGCUUAUGAUAUAAUAAAACUCUCAAAUCUUUCUUUGACA